GACGCCCCACUACUUACUCUUUUUCUACGACAAAUCUGAGAUUUUUAGUCUGAGAGAGAAAGAGAAGACGAAGACAGAAGAGAACCCAAACAAGAUGAUGACUUCUCGUUCGAUUGUUCCUCAACAAUCCACGGAAGAUGAUGUUGUUGUGGUAGAUGGCAAAAACGUUGCGAAAGGAAGAAACCGUCAAGUUCUUGGUGAUAUAGGUAAUGUUGUUCGAGGAAAUUACCCAAAGAACAACGAACCGGCAAAGAUCAAUCAUCGUCCUCGUACACGCUCUCAAAAUGCCACACUUCUUGUGGAGGAUAAUCUCAAAAAACCUGUAGUCAAGAGAAUCGCUGUACCAAAGCCAAAGAAAGUAGCUGGGAAAUCAAAGGUUAUAGAAGUCAUUGAGAUAAGUUCAGACAGUGAUGAAGAACUUGGUUUAGUUGCUGCCCGAGAGAAAAAGGCCACUAAGAAGAAAGCGACCACUUACACAUCUGUUCUUACCGCUAGAAGCAAGGCUGCUUGUGGUUUAGAGAAGAAAGAGAAAGAAAAGAUUGUUGAUAUCGAUUCUGCUGAUGUUAAGAAUGACCUUGCAGCUGUGGAGUAUGUGGAAGAUAUCUACAGUUUCUACAAGUCUGUUGAGAGUGAAUGGCGACCACGUGAUUACAUGGGAUCUCAGCCUGAGAUUAAUGAAAAGAUGAGAUUGAUUCUGGUGGAGUGGUUGAUAGAUGUCCAUGUCAAAUUCGAGCUAAACCCGGAAACAUUUUACCUCACUGUGAACAUUCUGGAUCGGUUCUUGUCGGUGAAGCCAGUGCCUCGAAAAGAAUUGCAGCUAGUUGGUCUCAGUGCUCUUCUCAUGUCAUCCAAGUACGAAGAAAUUUGGCCACCACAGGUGGAGGAUCUAGCUGAUAUUGCAGACCAUGCAUACAGUCACAAACAGAUUCUGGUGAUGGAGAAGACAAUACUGUCUGCACUUGAGUGGUACUUGACAGUUCCGACUCAUUAUGUCUUCCUGGCUCGUUUCAUCAAAGCUUCCAUUGCAGACGAAAAGAUGGAGAAUAUGGUGCACUAUUUGGCAGAGUUAGGUGUAAUGCAUUACGAUACAAUGAUAAUGUUCAGUCCAUCUAUGGUAGCUGCUUCUGCAAUCUACGCAGCAAGAUCUUCUCUUCGCCAAGUUCCCAUUUGGACCAACACUCUCAAGCAUCACACUGGCUAUUCCGAGACUCAGCUCAUGGACUGUGCAAAGCUGUUGGCGUAUCAGCAAUGGAAGCAACAACAACAAGAAGGGAGUGAGAGUAGUACUAAGGGAGCUUUACGAAAGAAAUACUCCAAGGAUGAACGCUUCGCUGUGGCUUUGAUCCCUCCGGCCAAAGCUUUGUUGACCGGAACUGAAUCUGCUUAGGAGCUAAGGCCUGUAAGAAGACGAAGAAGCUGAAGAACCAAGUCUAGUUUCAUUGGAUAAUAAUAUUUUGUACAAGUC